AUGGAUGACGGAUAUGUGGAGGACGGUGCGGAUUGCAUCAUGUCGCCAAAUGCACGGCGUGUGCGCGCACGUUACUAUGGAUCGCACCACGUUGUCAAACAUACGCCACCCACCCUUAUCAACUCCCAACCUUCAUCUCCUCUAACAAACCGGUCUGUUUCCACUGUCGCUUACAUCAACUCAUUAGAUCCUACAUUGGAUAUUUACCUAGAAAAUGAGUUAAGGCUCUCCUCUCAGCACACUUGGAUUCUAACUCCUCUGCCUAUCAGCCCAUAUUGGGUAGUAAGUGAGCAUACAAAAUCAAAUGGCAUCAAGACGGGUAGACCUCCUGCUGUAGCCCUACUUGACUGGAAUACUCGAAUAAAGAUAGCUCUUGGUUCUGCACACGGGCUGGCUUAUCUUCAUGAUGUUGCAAAUCCACCUGUUAUAUACCGAGACAUGAAAGCUGCUAAUGUCUUGUUGGAUGAUGAUUUUAACCCAAAACUCUCUGAUUUUGGUUUGGCCAAAAUCGGGCCUGUUGGUGACAAUACGCAUGUUUCAACAAGAGUGAUGGGCACUUAUGGCUACUGUGCCCCAGAUUAUGCUAUGAGUGGUAAGUUAACCAUGAAAUCUGACAUAUAUAGCUUUGGCGUGCUUGUUUUGGAGCUGAUAACUGGACGGAAGGCUUUUGACAGUUCUAAAACCGCAGCAGAGCAGAACUUGGUGACAUGGGUAGCUUGUAUAUGGCCUACACAACUUCUCGUGAUUACAAUGCAACUUCUAAAUAGUAGAUCAAAUUAA